CUCAACCAGUGGUUCCGCUGUUCCCGACAGGACGUGAACGCAGCCUGUGGCCGGGGCGGGUAGGCGCUAACCGAGCAGUAUGGCGGACGAUGGAGACAGUUCGAGCGGACCAGUAGACACCAGCGGCGGCCAUGGUUCAGCGGACGAGUCGGACGGGCUCGGGCUCGGCGGGAUGCUGCUGAACGUCAGCAUUGUGGUGGCGGUGGUGGCGGUGUGUGUCGCGGUGUACCGGCGGUGGGGCAGGCGGCUCGUCUCCGACGCGGCCCUGGGCGACGAGGCCUCGGCGCUGCCUAAGAUGAGGAGACGGGACUUCACUCUGGAGCAGCUGCGGGAGUACGACGGGCUCCAGAACCCGCGCAUCCUCAUGGCCGUCAACAUGAAGGUCUUCGACGUCACCAGCGGGAAGAAGUUUUACGGUAAAGGUGAGUGUGGGGACCGGAAGGAGGCUGGAGGGACGGCCGGGACAGUUAGCUUCAGGUGCCCGCUCACGGUGAGCUGUCCCGGACACUACGUUUGGGCGCAAUCGGCUGUGCUUUGCUUAGUUUAGCUUAGCUUAGCUUAGCUUAGCUUAGCUUAGCUCGGUGGGCUUUGUCUGUGUUGUUGAAUGGGAUGCUAGCCGUUAGCUCGGUAGCUCAGCUGUUUCCCGGGUGGUGACUGAUGUGACGGAGCUUUAACACGUCUUGACUUUAUCUUUAUUAACAUUAAACAUUUAAAACUUUAUUUAGUUUAAAGUUACUGAGGCUGGAGAUUAGGAGCAGCUAGCCUGCUAACAUUAGCCUGUUAGCUUGUUGACGUGCACAGGGGACAGUGCACCGUCUGCUGUCUGUCUGUCUCUCUGUCUGUCUGUCUGUCUCUCUCUCUGUCUGUCUGUCUGUAGCCUGUUUACACUGAUGCAUGAAGAACUUUGCACCAACAUUUAAACCUUAAACUGUUUUAAUCUGACUUUAUUAAGUCACACUGACUCCGGUGUGACGGAGCACCGACUGUUGUGCUGCGCUACGUCAAAGUUUAUUUAUAGACGUGUUUAUUGAUUUCACAGAAAGAAACAAUACAGCAAAUAAACAACAACAAAACAACCCAACCUCGUGCAGCUAAAACAAAAUCUGCUGCAAACAUGAAGCUAACAUGUUCAUAAAUGAAACUGAAGCACCUCAUUAGGGACUGUUCUCUACUUAUCAGUGUGAACACAUGACCCUCCCUCAGUGACUGCAGAUGAACACAUGACUGACCCUCAGUGACUGCAGAUGAACACAUGACUGACCCUCAGUGACUGCAGAUGAACACAUGACCCUUCCUCAGUGACUGCAGAUGAACACAUGACCGACCCUCAGUGACUGCAGAUGAACACAUGACCCUUGCUCAGUGACUGCAGAUGAACACAUGACCCUUGCUCAGUGACUGCAGAUGAACACAUGACCCUUGCUCAGUGACUGCAGAUGAACACAUGACCCUUCCUCAGUGACUGCAGAUGAACACAUGACUGACCCUCAAUGACUGCAGAUGAACACAUGACCCUUGCUCAGUGACUGCAGAUGAACACAUGACCCUUGCUCAGUGACUGCAGAUGAACACAUGACCGACCCUCAGUGACUGCAGAUGAACACAUGACCCUUCCUCAGUGACUGGAGAUGAUCACAUGACCCUCCCUCAGUGACUGCAGAUGAACACAUGACCCUGCUCCAUUGAUCACUUGUUAGAGUUCAUAAAAGUUUUUCUCUUGUCGUACAAACGUUUUGUUUCGGUCACAUUUUAAAUGAGACAUAGUAAAACGUGAUUCCGAUAAAAUCUGACUUAUUAUCAUUAUUAUUAUUAUUUUUGGGUCUUAUAAGAGUGGGCUACAAUGAGUACUGGGCCAUCAAAUCACAGCAUCCGCGGUGAGAGGACACGGAAUUGUGCGCGCUUUUAUGCACGCGGACGUAGGUGAUCACAGAUAUUUGACGUGGGAAAGAUGUAGCCAGAUGUAUUACCUGUUUUAGAUACGUGGCUGGCUGUCCGUCCGUCUGUCCGUAGCACGAGUCAUGUGUGCCACUUCACCACCGACCCGUGUGUAAAAGUGCAAACAGUCCCUCAGCAGGUAGGGCUGUCCCUCCUUGGGGCAAUGAAUGAGGAAAUAAUCGCCCCAGCCCCAAUACGCAAAAUGGGGUCAAACCCCCAGCGGCUAUUAGGUGCCCAGCGGCUGUAUGCCACCGGGCGACUAUUUGGAAAUAUAGGGUAUGUGACAAUAAUCGUAGGUGUAUAAUAACAGUAGAAGUGUGACUAAUGAUAACAGCAGCAGCAGGAGGCAUCUGGCAGGACCACAGCAGCUCUUGUAGGCUGAAAUCAAGACGAUCACAUUAACCAGUGAGCAAUCAUCAGACUUGACAAUUAUCACGGGAAGAACAAUCUUUGUUAUAUCGAGAUAACGAGAUAAUUAAUUCUUAUCACAGGAAAACAGUCUUUGUUAUAUCGAGGUAACGAAAUAAUAAGUCGUUAUCAUGAGAUAACGGUGCACCAAAAAAAAAAAAAAAAUACAUGGCUGUUCUCGUAUUCCGUACUGGACAGCUAUGUUGUCUAUGUAAUAAUAUGUCGGUUAUGCCCAGGUAUUGAAUCAAAUGUGUUUUAAGACAUUUUGCUUAGUUCACCUUAUUGUCUAUUUGUCUCAUCGUGCUUCGUGGACACGGCGAUGUGAAUAGCGCUGUUUCAGCUCAUUUCUGCUCACUUUUGAGGACUUCCAGGUCUGUUUUCCUCUGCUGAAUGAAACCAUGGCGACACGAAAUGCGGGUACCUUAUUGGUGUAGCGCGAUCACGUGACGGCCGUGCCACCACUCGUGUACCAAAUCUCAUUACGCUCAGACGGAACAAGUGCCGAAUUACGACCCCGAUCACAGGACUCUUGCGGGGUUAUGAGCUAUGAACUCCCGCUGAUUAGCUGAACAUGUAUCGAUCUUCUUUAUGAAGUAAAGAUCGUGUAGUCCCCAGAUGUCGGAGCGGAAAUCAGUUGCUGUGAGACCUUUUCUGAUUCACCUUACGGCCUAAAAUGAAAGAUUAGAUUAUAAUAUUGAUCGUGUGUGACAGGCCGAUGAUGACGGGUCAAAUAACUGGUCUCAUUUCUCUACAUUGAUCUGUUACAGUUCAGUUUGAGCUCCGUCACGUUACAGAAGUUUUUAUGAUCCAGAUAUUUGAGGAUGAUUUCUGAUCUGAUGGAUGAGACGCUCUGUAAAACAUAUUGAUCACUGUGUGUAGAUGAGGACAGUGAUGGGGAGGUAUCGCAGUAUUGUAUGUGGGAAAAUUGAAACGAUAGACGGAGGCCAAAUAUUGAUCUUGUACAUUUUUAUAAAUGAUUAAUAUUGCUAAUACAAAAUAAACCUGUGGUAGUUUACUAGAAUAAUAAAAUCAGUCCAGGAGAUAAAUUCUGCUGCAAUAAAAUAAAAGGUAUUGAAGAGAGAAACUUUGUCUAUAAAAUAUAAUCUUAUUAAAUGAAACAGAAAACAGACAAAAUUUAAAUACAGUAAAAAAAUCACAAUAUAAUCCAGAUUAUCUUAUUUCAGUUCUCAGCACGUCAGAAAACAUUUAAAAUCACAGCAAAAAUGUAUCGUGAUGAAAUCGUAUGGUCACUGUUGGGAUCAUAUAUUGAUCAUAUAUUGAUCAUAUAUUGAGAUUGUAUGUUCUGUAUGGUGGAGCUGUGGUGAUUCACUGGGUCAGGUAUCGAUUGAAUUUUAUUGAUUCUGAAUCUUGUUAUGAUUUUGCUGCGAUCGAUUCAGAGUUUUGAUAUUAAUAUGAUUUUAAAAAAAAAAAAAAAAAAAAAAAAAAGGGUGACAUGUAGUAGAGAUGUAACGAUACCAGAAACUCUCAAUACAAUAUUAUCACGAUAUUUACACAAGGGGAAAAAAAGAGAAAAUUUAUUGUUAAAAAUAGCUAUUUUAUUCAAAAAUAGUGCAUGUACACUGUACAGCAUGUUAUUUUUAACUUGGAAGCGUAUCAUAAACAAAUCAACACACAGUUGAACAUGUGCUUUCAUUUCCCCCCCAUUACUGCUAGGCAGGCAGUCAUUAAAGUGCCAUAACAAAGUCAUGUCAGUUAAAACUAUAGUGACAGAAUAUGAAAAUGGAAACAUUCAGUAUUUUUUAACCUACUCUGAACAAAAGUCGUGUAGCACUAUUACUAGAAAGUCAUCUGAAUGAUAUCAAAUUAUGAGGAUAGAGUCGUCUUAAUAUUCAUCAAAUAUACAGAACUUAGAACAAUCAGACCCUGCAACGACAACAAAAUUAACAAAUCAGAAAUAAUGUAAACUCAAUAACACACAAUCCCUCACUCACAGAUACACAGAGAGAGAGAGAGAGAGAGAGAGAGGUGGGUAGAGAUGUGUGUAAAAGAAAACCAAAAUAAAUGAAGCCCAGCCGUUUCCCCGGAAGUCAUAGAAAAACUCAAAAACACACAUUGACUCAAUUUGUUCACGCCAGGUUGACAAUCUUGACAUCAAGGAGACCCUGACACUUUCUCAGAACAGGAGAUGAGGAGAGGAAAGCUCUGCUCCUGCGCUUUCAUGUGAUAUGCGUGGCAUUUCUGUGCGAGCCUGCAUUCGUGAGUAAUCCAUCCAAAAGUAAUGUGUGUGCAGAGCUGUAUGAAAGCUCUGUUAUACAUUAUUUUAGUGUAACUUUAUCAUUUUUUUUUCCCUGUGAAAACAUUGGACUACCGACAAGUGCUUGGUCAUGUCGGAAAGGCUUCUCACUAUGACCAACGGUCGCGGAGAAAAUCCACAGAGAAGAACAGUCAAUCUCCUUACUUUUAUUCGCUGUUUCCUCCGGUCACGCACGGGUCAGAGUCGGAGGCUGAGCUGCACGAGUCUGCUCUCACCUGUGCGUGCAGUUGCGUGCAAAGGAUUAUGGGGAAUGUAGUCACACAGUCAUAUUACCGGCUCUGUAGGAGAACGCAGCUAUACAACUACCGUGGCAUUCCCACGACUGUAUCGAGAAUUUAUUUUAUGUGACACCGCGAAAUUCGACAUAUCGUUACAUGCCUAACAUGUAGAGAUGAUAUUAAUGAUGACUGUGUCACUGAAAUAAUUUCCUUCUUUUAGUUUCACUUAAAGAAACAACUCAGUUCAUAUUAAUAUAUUAAUGUCGUCUUAUUUUAGCUUUGUUUAUUUCUGUACUCUGGAGUGUGUGUGUGUGUGUGUGUGUUCCUUAUUUGUUGCUUAUUUUGUCACUUCCUGUUUCAGUGUGUGUGAUGUGAAGAGAGGAGCUCACAGAUACAAACAUUAAACUCAGAUAUUAUUAAUGUAGAAUAACAAACAUCUGGAGCACAGGAUACUGCAGACAUGUAGUACAGGACGUUAAACACACGGUCUUUGAAUGCAGCACACGUCGUCCUCCCUCCUGCCUCGUCCUGAACAAACUGAGAGUUAACUGAGAGCAGAGCGACACAUACAAAGAUCAUGUUUCUUUACUUGAGUCUUUAUACGUCUGUUUUUGUUUCUGUCGCUCCACAUUCUGUCUGGCUUGUCUGACUCCCUCAUCAAGUCUGUAAUAAACUAUAAUUAUUCAGCCAGCAUUCCCCACGCGCUCACGUGUCACUGCUGCUAUCUGACACCGCCUGAAUCCACUCGGCUCACGCACCCUGACGCACAUGUUUACAGUAGAGACUCGACAGGAGCUGAUUGGACCGUGGAGUUUAUCACAGUGGACUUCAGGCUGGGACGGCGUGUCCAUCAGUCAACAUGUGGGCAGGACAGGAAACUGAUUUCUGACUCUGCUGAUUGUGGAUUCAGUUUAUUUUAAAUAUCAAACAGUUUGUAGAAAGUUUGUUUUCAGGUUGUUUCUGGUGUUUGGGCCGUGAACGCACCACGAGCACCGCUCUUUAGUUUUUACACCCAGAGAUUAAUAAAAAUAAAUGUGAGCUGCAGAACAGGUCGGACAGGUGUGUGUCUGCAGCUCCGUUACAGCUCACGCCUCUUUAUUUAAUACAAGAAAUGGAAAAGAAAAAGUCAAACACAUGAUGAAACGUUCACAUGAAUUAACUGUGAAGAUGCAGCUGCAGCAGGCGGCCGAGCACCGUCCCUGUGUUAUGAUCCUGUUUAAAUUGUUCUCAAAUAAAAACAGUCACAAUGGUCUUUUUUCUGCACCAUCAUGUUGCCUGCGUGCAGUGAUGUCACUGCGUUGCGCUACAGGCGGUCCUAAAGACGGUGACGAGAUGUGGCGGCAGCAGAUGAGCAGGUCGAUAGGAACGUCUGUAGAAUAUAUUUUAUUUAUGACACAGUUUUAAUACUUUAAUGAGUUAUUCUGGUUUAUUGUCUUCUGAAACCUUUGAGCUCAGCUUUGAAGAUCCUCCAGGAAGUGACAUCACAAUAAUCAGAAAAACCAGCACAUGUAGUGACGUCCUGUCUCCACAGCAGAGCUCAAAGGGUUAAAACAUCUGAAACAAACAAUGACCUUUCACAGCGGCCCGACCCGACACGAUCAAACAGUACUCAGGACGUAUUUCAGAUGAAACCCGGCGCCGCAGGUCGCUCAGAUAUCAGGAGGACAGUAAAUUACCCAGAGUUCCCAUCGUCAGCUUAGGAGGUCCACACUCACUCAGGUCUGACACAAAUGUGACACAGAUGUGACAGGUUUGUUCUGCAGCGGUGAGUCGUGGCGUUUAAAUAAACAACCUGAAUGUGAUAAGUAUGAGCGAGUGAGAUAUCAGCAUGUGUGUCGGUGAGGCGUGACGUGACGUGGCGUCUGAUCUGGGGUUAUGUAAGGUCAGAGAACAGAAUCUAAUCUGUGAGCUGAUAGGACGUCUCUGCACUGUGCAGUUUAUUUUCUUGUGUUGCAAAAUGAGACGAAGAAAAGCUGCAGAGUUUCACAUGCUGGUCAGAUGAUGAUGAUGAUGAAGAGGAAACAUCAGGAAGGCUCGGGGCGCUGUGUGAGACUGUAGUUCAGAGGCUGACAGUCACAUGUCUCCAGUCUGAAGGGUUAAAUAUCAAUCUGAUAAAACACAGAUGUCCUCUUUGUCCUCUGUAUCCGUCCCACCUCAGAGAUCAGUGAUUGGUGGAGGUUAGCUAGACACAUAUCUGUAUAUGGAGGUUAACGGGACACACAUCUGUAUAUGGAGGUUAGCGGGACACAUAUCUGUAUAUGGAGGUUAACGGGACACAUCUGUAAAUAGAGGAUAACGGGACACAUAUCUGUAUAUGGAGGUUAGCUAGACACAUAUCUGUAUAUGGAGGUUAACGGGACACGCAUCUGUAUAUGGAGGCUAGCUAGACACAUAUCUGUAUAUGGAGGUUAGCGGGACACACAUCUGUAUAUGGAGGUUAGCUAGACACAUAUCUGUAUAUGGAGGUUAACGGGACACACAUCUGUAUAUGGAGGUUAACGGGACACAUCUGUAUAUGGAGGUUAACGGGACACACAUCUGUAUAUGGAGGUUAACGGGACACAUCUGUAUAUGGAGGUUAACGGGACACAUAUCUGUAUAUGGAGGUUAACGGGACACACAUCUGUAUAUGGAGGUUAGCUAGACACAUAUCUGUAUAUGGAGGUUAGCUAAACACAUAUCUGUAUAUGGAGGUUAGCUAGACACAUAUCUGUAUAUGGAGGUUAGCUAAACACAUAUCUGUAUAUGGAGGUUAGCUAGACACAUAUCUGUAUAUGGAGGUUAGCGGGACACACAUCUGUAUAUGGAGGUUAGCUAGACACAUAUCUGUAUAUGGAGGUUAGCUAGACACAUAUCUGUAUAUGGAGGUUAACGGGACACAUCUGUAUAUGGAGGUUAACGGGACACACAUCUGUAUAUGGAGGUUAACGGGACACAUAUCUGUAUAUGGAGGUUAACGGGACACACAUCUGUAUAUGGAGGUUAGCUAGACACAUAUCUGUAUAUGGAGGUUAACGGGACACAUCUGUAAAUAGAGGAUAACGGGACACACAUCUGUAUAUGGAGGUUAGCUAGACACAUAUCUGUAAAUGGAGGUUAGCUAAACACAUAUCUGUAUAUGGAGGUUAGCUAGACACAUAUCUGUAUAUGGAGGUUAGCUAGACACAUAUCUGUAUAUGGAGGUUAGCUAAACACACAUCUGUAUAUGGAGGUUAGCUAGACACACAUCUGUAUAUGGAGGUUAGCUAGACACAUAUCUGUAUAUGGAGGUUAGCUAGACACAUCUGUAUAUGGAGGUUAGCGGGACACACAUCUGUAUAUGGAGGUUAGCUAGACACAUCUGUAUAUGGAGGUUAACGGGACACACAUCUGUAUAUGGAGGUUAGCGGGACACAUCUGUAUAUGGAG